UGCAAAGCUGUAAACAGCUGUGUCAUGAAACCAAUAAUCGUGUUUUUCAUCAGUAGAACAUAUACGGAUACCAAAAAGGACUUCUCAUAUUGCCUCUUAUUUCGCUGGACUCUCCACAACAACAAUGGCCAAAGGUACAACAGUUCGACAACGGGUGAAAAAAAUACACUCUACUAUCUCGCGACAGAGCAACAAGGAAGUCAACAACGAUAAAACAACCUUUACGAACCAUGAGAAUUUUCCAAGUCAAAGUUUUUGGAAAUAUUCUUCUUUUACCAUUCUUGCAUUGUUGGGCAUUAUGGCGUUGUUUUACUCCAAAGAUAGCUUGCUGUCCUCUCAGACAUUGAGUUCAAAGAAUGCUUUUCAUGACAGUGAAGAAAAUGUAAAGCUUCAGUUUCCCUGUCACGAUGGAGACGAGUGGUCUAUUGAUCGCCGGUCAAAUUUAAGCUUGGAGGAAUUUGUCCAAUGCUAUGAUGCCAAAAGGUAUUUUCCUCCUAAUACAGGCAUUCACGAGGGCCCAGUUAUUCGAAGGCCGAUUAGCACUUAGCCCGGGGUUAAAUUUAACACCGGGUUUCUUGUUCUUUUGUUCAAAGCAUUUUCGAGGAUAAUUUUCUCUGUUGUUUUUAAGGGCAUCCAGUCAUCAACUUGUUGACAUAUAUAAUUAAACUGAAUUUACUUUUAAGCUUUCAAAUCUGAAUUCAAAUUUUGCACUAACCCUGGGUUAUCUUAACCCAACUUUGAACAACCUAGCUCAGAGGGUUACUGGACACAAGAGGGGGUAGGUUUUUGUCAGUGGGGGAGGAGCAAGGUGAGGUGUGGGAAGUUGGGGAGGUGAGAUGCUACUGUCCGAUCCCUCCCCGCCCCCCUCAGUUGAUGACUUACCUUUUCUUCUCACUCCUGAAGAUUAAAUUAAAUUGCAUUCUCCCAUGAAGACUUCUGUGAAAUAUGGGUCUACCCCUUGAAGAAUAUGGGUGUACUGCCGAAGAAUAUGGUUCUCCCCCUGGGGAAUUUCGUGGAAAUCAAAGCUUCAGCCCUAAAGAAUUUCAUAUUUUUUACUCUUCCUCUAUAUAUCUAGGAAGGGGAAGGGGGAGUGGAGGCUAUGGAUAGAUAUUAAAUACAAUAGCCUAUUGCAACAUGAUCUCUGCUUGGUAAUAAACUGGUAACUGGUCAAAUGUAUAAGGUAAGAAGGGGAAUGGCAUCUGGAACAAAGCUGAGAGCCAGAAAGCCAGCAAACUGAAAACAAAAUAUCUGUCCUUGCAAAGUCAUUGUUGAUCAUCUUGUGUCUGAAAAUGACAUUGUGCAUAUUAUACCUCCAAUUUAGCCUGCAUGGUAGGUAGUUGAAGAGGGGCCCUUAGGGUAAAAUUCUGAUCAGUGACGUGGCCUUGAAUCAGUGAUAUAACACAGACAUAAUGACUUCAACAGUCACAAAUAAAUCUUUAAAAUACCGACCAGGAUAUGGCUUCCUCCUCACUAUGAUAAACAACCGUUUUUGAAAUUCAUACAUGUAAAAGGGCAUGUGAGAACAUAAAGGAUGUGCCAAGGGGGAGGGAAGGCAACUUUCAUAUGUUUAAUACUAUGCCUGAAUUCCCCCUCUUCUCUUCCUCUUUUAAACAGUCUUACUGUACAAGUUGACCACAACUGUGUCCUCUUUGGCUCAGGCCUGCCAGUAAGCUAUCCAGGGCACUCUGGCAGUGGGAAAAAAAGGAAGGAGAACUUGCAAUCAUGUCUUAGGAAUUUGAAAUAGUCUAUGCAAAAUGCUGAUUGGUUAUUGGAUCUCUUAUUCACACUGAGAUGUGACUGCUAGCUCUCCCUCAUAUUUCGCCCCGCUGCCAGAGUGCCCCAAAGAACUUGCUAGCAGGCUACUUUGGCUCUUAAGUGAAAGCUAAUUUUUUGUGUUAGUCUGGUGCUCAGAAAUGCUUCUCAGUAAGCAAACUACAUGUAAACGUGGAAGAUUGCAGGCAGCCAUACAUAGUAGUAAUAGUAGUGACCUGCCCUAUGCAUGUUAUUACUCAGUCUAUUUUUAGGAUUUUAGAGUUAAAAUAGUGUGAGAAGUGUGUAUUUCCCUCUUCAAAUAACUUGCUGCCUUCUCUCCCAACCAUGUUCAUCAUAGAGCCUGCAGUAGCUCAGUGGUUAGAGCUUCCGAACCAGAACUCUGAGGGUCCUGAGUUCGAUUCUCUUUUCUGAGCUUUCUGGUAUAAGCAUUCUCCUUCUUCCUUUUAUAUUGUACAGGGUUGGUCUUGUACGCUGGUAGGCAGCCGAUUUUGAGCAAGUCCCCAAUACAGUCCUCUAUGACUCACUGGUGUAAAUUUCAACCCUGCUUGCCUUAGAGCCUUCAGUAGCUCGGUGGUUAGAGCAUCCAAACUAGAAGUCGAAGGGCUGUGGGUCAUCAGUUGGAUUCUCACCUUGAGCUCAGAAUUUUUCUUAGCUUUCUGGUAUAAGAAUUGUCCUUCUUCCAAAUCACAAUUUUAGCAGACGCAUUUUAGAACUCUAUUUUAUCAUCAUAUAAACUAUAAUCUCAUUUUUAGGCCAGUACUCAUAACUGAUGUGGUUAUACACUGGAAAGCUAUCAACUGGACAAAGUCUUUCCUUGUCAAAAACUAUGGAGACAAGAGAGUGACAAUGAAAGCUACAGAGGUUUGUGUGUAUGUAUAUCAUUAGAAGUAAUUAUUAAUUCCCCACUUCAGAAACUCUAGGAAGAAUGGGAAUGAGCUUUGCAUGCAGUGAUUUCAGGGACCGUUUGGGUGGACAAGUGUUAGUUAUGAUUGGUCAGUGCAGGGUUUGCAAAUUUUAUGGAUGAGUGGAGUCAGUGUGACUUCUGCUUCACAAAUUUUGGAUUCAUUUUGGAAUAUUUGGAGUCAAGUAUCACAACCAAAAAAGCCAUUUUCAGACUUUCCAGCAUGUGGUCCUGGCAUGUGUGCACUAUCGUGAGGGGUACACAAAGUAGCUGUGGCGGUCCGCUGACCUGGAAAGCUCAAAUCCAUGUUGGGGAUCAUCGAGUAACUUUGAUCGUAAUUUACCCUCUUCCUGUUUUUUCUUGCAGUAUAAUUCUUUAAUUUCGAUGAUUUAAUUAAGGUUUACAACGUUUACAAUUAACGUAAAUUGUAUUUGUCGUGAAAAAGGUAAGGACAAAACUGUUUUUGUUACCAAAAAUUUCUGGAGUCGAAGUGGCUCCCUGUUUGGUACCGAAAAUUUCUGGAGUCGAAGUGACUCCCUCUGUAACCUCAGUGGAGUCAUCUGAACAAUUUUGGCAUAAAAUAAUCCAAAUUUGGCGUAUUUGCGAACCCUGGUCAGUGGUAUUCAAGGCAGCCAUUAACCAAUAACUAUAAAUGUUUCUCCUGAUCCAAUCGAUCCCAGAAAUCAAUAUGCCAAAAGCUUGUACCUAUUCCCCUUAUAGUUCUCGAGUGAGGAAUAGUAGGUGUGACUAUUAAUUUUCUUAACUGCCAUGUUAUUAUUUAUAUACAAAUGACAUGUACCACUCUUUACAACUGUUAAGUGUGCAUUGUACAGUAACAAUACUCCCGGCAGAAAUUUGACCAACUGAUUAAUACAUGCACACCUAAAAAUUACUUUACUGUCCUUCUGGAAACAUGUCCUUGGUAAUACCUGUGACAUUCAAAGAUUUGUGGCAGAGCAUAGAACAAAUAAAUAAUUAAGAGAAGAACUUAACAUGGAAGAUCAAUGAUUAGAGAACUUUGUUAAGUGACAAAAGCUGAAGUAGUUUGUUCCAGGUAAUUGAAAAGGUGCAACAGUUUGUGGAACUUCGUCUCGGAAGUAAAAGUAGAUGAGGCCCCAACACUUAUCACUAACCAGUAUUGUAUAGGUGCAAGUGUAGGUGGAGGUUCUGUCUUGAUCUGGUAGUGUGUGUAAAAGGGUCCUCUUAUGUUCAACUAAUACAUAGUAGAGACCCUUCAGAGUCCAUGCUGCCAGUAUGCUAUAUUACGAAGUGGAAUGACUCAAAAAGCAAUUGUAGCCUGACACAGAAAAUCAUGCACAGGCCAGAAGUAUCAGAAGUAUGUAAUUUUUGAACGCCCCCAAAAUUGCUUUUGCAUGAUAAUUUAUCAUAUAUAUUACAGUUAUUGAUUGUCAGUUGGCAUUACAUUGACAGGUGCAAACUCGCAUGAGGACGACCCAUAGCAUUUUCUGUAGAGUUUGAACAUAUUAUCCUUACAUAAGUACACUUGAUGGCCCCGAUCACAACUGAAAAGUACGCAACAUGAUAAAUACCAUCUCUUUGAAUCAGCCAAGUUCUCAGGGAAUGACAGGAAAUGUCCUUUUCUUUCAGGAUACACACCUGUAGCUCUUGAAACCUUGUGAACGACUGUGCAUGCAGCAAAAUAAUACAGAAACACCAAAUAAAUCGCCAAUAACCUGCUCGAAGGUUUUUCUUGUAUAAAAUCUUAAAGCAUUAAGAACUUGCUGCCUCGGUGUAAGCGGCCAAUCUGCCCUUGUCAAUGGCCAAGUCCUUUCUAAGGCGAAAACUCAAUCAAAAAUCUUUUUUAUUGUAUUCCUCCAAAGAGUUACAUCUGACCAUAAGAUGCCAAAUUCGUCGAACAUGUAUAUAUAUUGCGUAGUUUUGGCAAAGUCUCCUUUUCUGUAGGGCAGUUUAUUUCUUCCAUUUCAAAAUGGAUGACUGUGAAAAAACCGUUAAACAACAUUUAAACCUACCUGUGAGCAACUGGUCUAACUUACUAUUGUUCCUGUAGUCAGAAUUUAGACAUGGUCUAGACAAGGUUAAGGAAGAACAACGUUUAAAUAAGUGGUAUUCAUGGUUUAUGCAUGGGUUAGAAGACGACUUUCAUAAACACUGUCUAAACUUGGGUUAAAUAAUUGGCCCUUAAUCUCUCUAGUCUAGCAUGCUAAUCCUUGCCUCCCUUCCUGGGAACUUGCAGCAUGUUUAAUAAUAAUAUUAUAAUUUAUGUUCUGCAUUUUUGUGAUUUCUUUUCCAGGGUCCUAUGAAUGCAGCUAAAGGAUUUGCAGUUCCACUGAAGAUGUUUGCGCAACAUGUACAUGAGGGCAAACCUCAAUUGUGGACCUAUUUAGAAGAUGAACUAUUUAUUGAAAUGAACCCAGAAUUAAAGAAACAUUUAGGCCAACCUGUGAGUAAAACAAACCAGACAGAACUUGAUAAGCUUAACUUAGUAGCGUGUAAAUUAAUCAGUGCAAAGGGACUACCUUAAGCAUCUGUUUUUCAAGUACAAACAAGAUUCUACUGCAAUACAACCCAACCUAACAAUGUAUGACCACCUCAUUUUGAAAACCUCAGGUCUUCUGGCCCAAACACCUCAUUGAUACCAGAACAAACUCACUGGGUUAUUACUUAUCAAGACAAUAUUUUGCCUGCCCAUUGAAAGCUUUUGCUAGGCCCAGGAGCCCGUUUCUCAAAAGUCCCGAUAAUUAAUGGGCCCGGUAAGCUGUCUCCGUCUACAUUAAAGAUCGAGGUUUCAAUAGUUUGUACCUAACGUGAUAAAACUGUCAGUUAAUGAAACAAAAUGGAGUUGUUUGCUAGCCGGGACCCGCGUUCUUAUUCGUUAUAUUUCGAUUUGAAUAUUUGAUUUCGGGCCCGUAAAGUUACCGGGAUUUUCGAGAAAGGGGCCCCAGGGGUGAAAACAUAUGAAGAUAAUAAUUAUUUGUUUUUUAAUGAAUCAAUUAGAUGAGUUGAUUAGGGGAGGUAAAAAUGUGUGGAAGGUAUUAAACUCUCAACGCCAAAAUUGUUCAAUGACUUCAAGGAAUCUGGAGUUGUUCCUUUUCAGGAGGCUCCAACUUAUGGUACUCUGAUUGUUAAAAUUAUUUUAGUAUUUUGAAUUGCUGAUAAUUUCAUGAGAAGUUGUUGGACAUGGAGGUUGACUGUAGUUCAGUUACCUCUACUCAUACUGAUAGUGAUGCAGGGUACCAUACAUGCUUUUUCUUCACCAUGAACUCAAUCCCAGAUUACCCCAGUACGGUGUCGGGAAAACUCCCUGAGAUAUUAAUUUUGGGUGACUACUGUGACACAAUUACAUUAUUAUUAAAUGGGACUGUCAAUAGUGUGCCAACCCUGCCAGGAUGUAACUCAUUUUUGCCCAUAAUUUUCACAGCCACAGAGAAUGAUAGAGAUCUGUAAGAUGACUCUAACUUUUGAGUCUGUGAACAAAAUCUUAUGGUGUGACCUUUCAAAUGAAACCUCUUUUGUAUUAAGUACUCUCACAAGCUGUUAUUUGUUUUUACAGAAUUUUACAAAACGAAAUUUAAUAUUAUUAGUAAUUUUGUUUAGUUUUAGUUUUGACUUUGUUCCCUUAACAGUGAAAGGUUGAAUAUUCUUUGAUUUCAUUAUACCAGGUUUAUCUGAAGGAAGACUUCUUCCAGUUGUUACCAAAGGAGCUCCGUCCAUGGAAUGCUAUGCUCCUUUGGGGCACUGCUCAUUCACGAUCAUCUCUUCACAUAGGUAGAGUGUGUAGUGUCACUGCGUUGUUUUUUUUUUUUCAUUUGCUUUUGUAUUAUGCUCUUGAUUCUGUCCCAGAGACACACAAACAUGAGGGUACGAAGGCAAAAUUUCCCUUAAGACUUUUUUUAAAAUUUCACUGGUUAUGUGGGACUAGCCUCCUCCGGGUCCUUCACCCUUGUGAACCAGUAACAGUACCCGGAGUCCCCUGGGGGUUUUUGUCCGACUAAUCAUUAUAAGUCCAGUCCCCUAAGAAAAUUUUUUGUCAUUCUAACAUUCCGACAUGGAGACAAGCGAGUGCACUGUAAGUACUGCAAUCUUGCUGUUAUACACUGUUUAUUCAAAAUUUUCAUUUUCCGUGUUUGCUGUCAGAAUCUAGAUUCUGUCAUUUUACAUUCAGUCUUUUGCCUCGCUAGUUUUGUACUUUUCAAAAGUUUUUUGUCAAUGGAUUAAUUUAGCUUACAAGUUUGAAUAAACAACGUGAUUUACCCUUUAGCUGUCGCACUUCACCCAAAAUGCCAAGUUCGCCUCACUUGGCUCAUAAAGCGCCUGUUAUGCAGGCUAUUCAUUUCUUUGUUUGUAUGCUUUCAUUUCUGACCGACAUCACCUUCUAUUAUUUCAACAGGGCAAUAAGACUCAUAUCAAUAAAUAUGAUUCUUUAAUACUCUGCAGACUUGAUCCCGCUGGACUGAACUAAUCAUUUUGCCAACUGAGAAAAUCUUUAUUACAAACUUUUUUAUGUGGUUUUCUCAAGUUUGCUGGUUCUUUUAUCCAUGUUUGAAAACAUAAAAAAAAAGAUAAUGAUUAGUCUACCAAGACACACAAGUCUUUCUUCAUACUGAAGAAAGUUUCAUUGUUGUAAAAGUUGGUUUUAGGGUUUGCAACCAAUCGCCUAUUACAUCAACCCACAUACAGGUGGGUAGGUUGGAGGCUUAAGUCAAAAAAUUUUCCUGAAAAUUUUAUGAGUAGGAAAAAUAGAUACGUUAUUUGCUGGUCCGGGAGGGCUCAGAUGAAUGAAUAUCCUGGAUAAGUUCUCCUAACGUCAUUUUCCUUUGGACAAACUAACAAACUACUCUAGGUCCUGGUAUAUGGCUUUGUCUCUUAAAAUUCUCCCACUAUCCCAUACACAAAUUGGAUUUGUAUGCGCGAGCCAACAUGUGCUGAAGGUCAUCACCUUGUCGAUAUUUGGCAGGCAUCAGUGUCACUCCCUGUUCUCUCCCCAUUUUCCCACUUUUUCUCUAUCACAGGACAGUGAAGCCCGCAAGGAGGAGGCUAAAAUGGGACAACAGGUCACUAAACAAAAAUACCUUUUUGUUACUUAAGAUGUUCAGGAAGUCAGGUGUAUCUGCCAAAGCUUCAGAACAUGAGAUAUCUAAUCCUUUUUGUACACAGUUUAUGAUGUACUCUAGAACGCACUUUUUUUAAUAAGGUGGAGCCCAACGUUUGAAGCUACAUUGAAAGUUUUUUCUUUUCCAAAAAAUAGUAGUAGCAAUAAUAUCAGCUCGUUGAGCUGAAAACUCUUGGUUGAACAUGUUUCCAUCAAGUCAUCCUGUAUUAAAAUUCUAGAAGACAACUUUCUUUUGUAGUUCCGCUCUUUCAUAAGGUUACAGCUAUUUUUUAAAAUUAUAUAAUGUUUAAACAGAGUAUUGUUAUGGUUGUUAUAGAUCCCUACAAUUGGACUGGAACAAAUGCUGUUUUAUCAGGAAAGAAAAUGUGGAAGGUAUUUUCAAGCUUUACUUAUAUUGUAUCACAGGUCAAAGUUUAAUUUAGGUUUAAAUUUUUUAACCCAGGCUGAUUCUCUAUUUUCUUUGUCUCCCAGCCCUAAUUCAUGAAUUAUUUUAGGCCUAGGAGACAAAGGAAAUUGAGAAUCAGCCUAGGUUAAAAAUUUUAACCCGAAUUUAAUUUUGACUCGUAACAUAUCCAUGAAAAUGUUUUUACGUUCAAGCCCCAAGUCCACCCUUUAAUCAAUUCCACUUCAGAGUUCACUCAUAUUCAUAUCUUAAUAUUUAUGAUUAUCUUGCUAGUGGUAGACGGGGACAGUGGGGGGGAGGGGGGGGGGGCAGGAGAAGGGUGCAAGGUGUCAGUAUACAUGCGUGAAAGCAUUCUGUUUUACCAUUGUUAACUCAGUAGCCCCAGAGAUUUUGCUGAAAAAUGCCAUUAGCAGCUGGUCAAGCUUUUUUCUGGGCACUGUAUGGCCACAAAGAACCGAAACCACCCAAACUGUUGAUUAUAACUAAAGCUCUAUACAGGGUUUUGUUCCAGUUUCCAGAAGGCUGCCUUUCCUCCCUGAUUCUUUUGCCUAAAUUCUCCUGCCUCCCUUUUUUACGGACUUUUGUCAUCCACAGUCCUGUGGGUGUCUGCAAUAACGAUGGUUGAUUGUGUUUUUGCUUCUUGUAGCUUUAUCCUCCUGGCCAAGAUCACUUACUGUAUGUCCGAGGAAAUCAAAGAUGUGGUUUUCCUUUAGACUGUAUGAAAUAUAACAGGUACACGGUACAGCCUUUGUUUGACGUCUGCAAAUGCUAGAACUUUUAGCCUAUGUAAACAAGGACGAAAAACUAUACAGGAUGUAAAAGAACCAACGUUGCUGUUUUAAAAGGGUAGGGAAUUUAUAUCCCGGGAAAUAUUGUCAACUUCUCGUGGGCUGGGAGUGGUUAUUAUGGUCUGAUUUCAAUUGGGAUGCAGUUCUGGUGGCAGAGGAAUUGAUUGAAUUGAAUUAAUUAAAUCGUUUUGUGUUGCAUCCUUUGUAACAGUGUAUGUUUUAAAGUCCCAUAGAUACUUAUGUUCCUGACUACAAACUGUACCCACAGUUUAAAAAAGCCAGAGCUAUUACCUUUACUCAGGAGGCUGGGGAAAUCUUAAUCAUUCCUACCGGCUGGUUUCAUCAGGUAAAAAUUAUUGCGGUCGACAAACCUCUUCUUAAUUUUGUGGGACAAAAUUAAGACUGCUAGUAGCCUAUUUCAGGUGUUCUGAUGGUGGGGACAGCACAAAUAACAGUGACAAGGAAAAAAACAGCGAGGGGGUGGGGUAAGGAGGUUCCCUUCUUUCUUUCACUUCCUUUCUUCCCCUUUUCUCGCCUGUUCUCUAUUUUACGCUCACUCUCCUCUAUCUAAAAUUUAAUGCUUGGAAAAAGCUAGAAUGGCGGCCAUUUUCUCUGUCUCGCAAAGACAAAGCGUGUUCACGUCAGCUUCUUGUCUCAUUUCAAAUUACAACCAUGUGAAAUAUCGCACACGUUCUCCAUUGCCUCAAAACUAUGCGACCUUACCCACAAAUUGGAAUGUUGAUUUCAGUUUGUGAUCACAAUCCUUUUUUUUAGCCUUGAAUUUAGGUUGUUGAAAGUACAGUGUUGCCAAUCCUUCAUAAUUUGUUUUGGUAAACCUUUUAAAUAAUGGAAUUUAUUUUCAGCUGUCCUGUAAUUAUGUCAAUGUUAGUUGUUCGUAGGGUUGUGUUACCCGCGGAACUUGUGUUUUUCAGAUGUAAAACUUAGUUUUUGCCUCUUCUGGCAAUUGAAAUUGGUAGCACGUUUUUUGAACAGACGGGGAAAGUAUGUGGCAGGCGUCGUCGGUCAAACUGAGGAAGGAGUGAAAGAGGUUAUUAAGGCUCUCUUUCCCUUUUCCCUUUUGCGCUUUUCUCCCCCUCCCCUUCCUUUUUUGUGCCUGCCACGCAGGCUAUAGGAAAGUGCUGCUGCUGAGAUAUACAAUUCAACUGGGUUUUCUUGGUGUACUGCACUCUUUUUCCCCUUGGUCCGUCGUGUUUCCGAAAAUGCUGGUUUUAUAGUCUUUUUAUACAUCUGUUGUUCGAGCUUAAUGGUUUUUCUUCUUUCACAGGCAUAUAAUCCUGUAGAAACUAUGGCCAUCAGCAGCCAAGUGUGGAAUUCACAAAACUACAAGUAGGCCACGUAGCAUUUUACACUAUUGCCAGUGAGCUGACAUCAGUGCAACUUUUAACGUAACACUUUAAUCAGUCAAUUUCCUGUUCUAAAUAUCAAAAGGAACAUCUUUGCAGUUCCAAGAUAUUCGACCCACCACUCACAAUCCUAGAUUAGUUCAUCUUUUUCGAGGGGAUAAAGGUGAACGCAAAGUCCUUUCGAGAUGGGUGGAUUUUGCGAUAACAAAACUGAUAGGAAUGAAAAACCGAAUAAAAAUAAGGAUCCUCAAUGUUUGCACAAAGACUUGAACUUUGUUGCAGGUCCGCAUAGUUGGCUGUGAGGAAUCUGCAAAGAAAAAAUUUGAACUUAUUUUAAUGGCCUGUCGCGAGAAGCUGACUCAAAAGAUAGAAUGAUGACGCCUUUGUUUGCUAAAUGAAGAGGACGUGUAUGUGGGGACCUCAGAAUUUUUUUUUUUUUGUCGCCCUGAGGUUUCACAUGCAAAUUUCACUGUUAUCUAAUUAGGCUGAUACUGGAGGAGAUAUAUAAAGCUGGAGAAGUCGAGCCAAGAAAACUUCCAAGAAAUUUUAACAGUUUAUCCGCCAAAGAACAGGUGAGCACGUUGUCAACCACCGCAAAACAGUCGUUUUUGUUUGUUUGGUUUUUUUUUACGUUUCUCGAGAUCUCGGCUCAAGCAACCGGGCUCUCGGUAAGCGAAUCAGCCCGCCUUCUCAUAUAAACACAACGACAAAAUUAAGAUAAAACAAGGCAUGAGCCGAGCCACGGGCCAGCCCGGCUAUACCGGGCUGGCUCGCCUCAUAUGAACAGGCCCUAAAUGUGGAAUCAUAAAAUAUAUAACCGCUCUUCCUGUUUCCGGCUAACAUGUAGGGAUAAUCGGAAGUUGUUACCACCAUUGGUUCGGAGAUGAUGCUCUUAACAAAUAUCAAAGUAAAAUAAUCGUAUUUACCGGGAAACCAGCACGAAACUGCUAAACGCUAAGUUGUAACCCUCGAAAAUCCAAUUUCUCAGAGGUUUUGUCUUAAAUUGUACAUACCUGCAGGUUAAGAAACAAAUUUCAGUAAAAAAAAUGAUGGUCGCGGUACAAGGCAUUUUGUUUUCGUGCUUAAAUACAAGGAUUUAAAGGUGGAUAAACAUUUUUCAUUGUUUCCGGCUUUGAAGUGAAAUGCAUGGGAAAAUUAUUGGCCUUAAACUUUUAAAACAAUUAGACUGAAAACCACGAGGAAGAACCAUUAAAGACGUGACAGAGAAAUUUGCGAUAAUUAAAUUUUUAUAUAGUUUCCUUGUAUGUCUCUUUGUGCAUGUCAUAUCUGGGUUUGUCCCUUUGGUGUCCGUGUUUUGUUGCUUCGACCACUUUCAUGUCAGUAGCGAAAACAUCAAAAAAGCUAAAUAAUUUCAAAAGGUGAAAAUUCAACUUUGCACGUGCAUCAAACUUUUUGUGCAUUUCUUUGCCGUCACUGCACGACUACGACGUGAAAUGCCUAAUUUCACAUUUUAUAGAGGUCGUAAACAAGCGACGACAAUUUUUUCUCUUAUUUCUGAAAUUGGGUGUGCAAUCCCCAAGAAAUCAACUCAAGGGAAAUUCGCCUACAUUUGACAUUUUCAGUUAACUAGAAUAAACGCGAUAAAGUUUGAAAGCUGAAACGCGAAUUCAUUUUUUCAAAGUGACGUUCUCGCUGCCUUCGCCAACGCAAAAGCACCCUAAUUUUAGUCUCGCAUCGUUUAAAGCCCCUUGCAAACGGACACAACAUUGUUGGGAGUUGUUGCGUCCGUUUGCGCGUAGAUAAAAGGUUGACCGUUUUCAAACUUUGCUUAACAACACGUAACAGAGUGUGCAAACGGACGCAACAUGUACUAUCCAACAAUGUUGCGUCCGUUUGCACGGGGCGUAAGGUGACCUGCACAGGGUUUUAACCUAUAUUUACGGAAUAUUUUUGUUUACAGGUAGAAGCUGUGGUGAAGAUAAUUCCGAAGGCUGUCAUAAGGAAAGGCAAGAAAGUAACGGAGGACUUACUCGAACAGCUCAAGUGGCAUGGAAAAGAAAAGUCGGGCAGAGAGUAAACGAUGUCUAGGACGUUUUAAGUGACGCAAGAGAGUUUUGCUAUUGCGCUCUGGCAUUUUGUCUGCUUCAGUGACACAGCCGUCGAAAAAAAAAUUCGAGUUCUCCCGUCAGGAGUCGAACCUAUGGCCGUCUGGUUACUGGUUCAGAAAGAGAAAGCUUUCUUGGGAAACUUCUUAGUGCAAAAUGCGUGGUCGUCCAGUGCGCCUGUCAAUUGAGAACAUAAGUUGAUAGAAUAUGAUCAUCUCUGGAGUGUUGUUCUGAAUAGGACCGUUGCUUACCGUGACAGACAUUUCGACGAUCUGUUUGGUAGCAUCGUCAUCAUAUUCAAAGUUGUUGUGUAUCGUCAGCUGAUUGUAUUUUACUCUACUG